AUUUACUUGACCGUUGCAUCUAACUGCUGUUUUUUUGUUUUUGAAACCUUGUUAAUGCGCGCCUUUUGCUGCACAGCGCUAAAAUUCUCUAUUCCAACAAAUUCACUUAAUUUUUCUUCCAAAUUCUUUCCCUUUUUAAUUUAUCGAUCUGAAUCUUCAAACACCCAUAUCCCUGAGCUCACUUUUAAUGACUAUCAGCUUCUCAGUCUUCUUUCUCAGCGUCGAUUCCGUGAUGCACGCAACCUGCUCGACGAAAUGCCUGAAAGGUCCGUCAGGCUUAUUGUUUAUUGGACUUCGUUGCUUACGAAGUUUUCGAGAAAUGGCUUUGUUGAUGAAGCUGAAGUGCUAUUUGAUAUCAUGCCCGAGAGAAAUAUCGUUACUUAUAAUGCAAUGCUGUCAGGGUUUUUGCAUUGCGGAAUGCUGGGUGAGGCAAUGAAGUUGUUUGACGAAAUGCCUGAGAGAAACGUUGUUUCGUGGACUUCGAUGAUGUGCGGGUUGGCUGAUGCUGGAAGGAUUUUUGAGGCAAUUAGGUUGUUUGAGGAGAUGCCGGAAAGGAAUGUUGUCUCGUGGAAUGCGAUGAUUGCUGGGUUGAUUAGAAAUGGAGGUUUGGAGUAUGCGAGGGCGGUUUUUGACGAGAGUCCGCUUAAGAAUGUUGUUUCUUGGAAUACUGUGAUUGCGGGGUAUGCAGAAAAGGGUAGGAUGGAAGAAGCGAGGGCUUUAUUUGAUGAAAUGGAGGAUAAGAAUGUCAUUACUUGGACUAGCAUGGUAUCGGGUUAUUGUAGAACGGGUAAGGUAGAGGAGGGAUAUAGUUUAUUUCUGAAGACUCCUAAGAAAAAUGUUGUUUCUUGGACUGCCAUGAUCGGUGGAUUCACUUGGAAUGGCUUAUAUGAAGACGCAUUGCUGCUUUUUCUUGAGAUGGAGAAGAGCUUCGAUAUUACUCCGAAUGUGGAGACUUUCAUUUCACUUGCUUAUGCUUUUGCUGGUUUAGGAAUUCGUCGUCUUAGCAAGCAAUUGCACACUAGGGUGAUUUCUACUGGGUUAGAGUGUGAUGAUUAUGAUGGAAGGUUAUUGAAAAGCCUGAUUUACAUGUACUCUUCAUUGGGCUUCAUGGAUUAUGCGCGUUACAAGUUUAAUCAAAAUUCGAAUUGUUCUGUUCAGUCCUGUAACUAUAUGAUCAAUGGUUACAUCCGAAGUGGACAAUUGGAUAAGGCUCGGAAUUUGUUUGACACUACACCUAUUCGGGACGAAAUUACUUGGACUUCAAUGAUUGAUGGUUAUUUCAGUGUUGGAAAUGCAGCUGAAGCAUGCAACUUGUUCCAUCAUAUGCCUGAAAAGGAUGCAGUAGCAUGGACAACGAUGAUUUCAGGACAUGUCCAAAAUGAACUUUUAUCUGAAGCUAUGUUUUUAUUCACCCAGAUGUUAGAUCAAGGUGUUAGUCCCCUUGGUUCUACAUUUGCUACACUUCUUGGAGCUGUAGGUGCAGUAGCAUCUCUUGACCAAGGAACGCAACUGCACGGUUUGCUGGUAAAAAUGCUGCUUGAAAAUGACUUAAUUCUUGAAAAUUCUCUAAUCUCAAUGUAUGCAAAAUGUGGAGAGAUUCAAAUUGCAUAUAAAUUAUUCUCGCAAAUGAACUCUCGCGAUCUGAUUUCUUGGAAUUCCAUGAUUAUGGGAUUCUCACAUCACGGGCUAGCAAAUGAAGCGUUGAAGGUUUUUGAAGCCAUGUUAGAUUCGGGAACUUUUCCGAAUUCUGUUACUUUUCUGGGUGUCCUCUCAGCAUGCAGUCAUGGAGGGUUAAUAAAUCAAUGGUGGGAGUUAUUUAAUGCAAUGAUUGAUAUUUAUGCAAUUCAACCAAGUUUGGAGCAUUACAUUUGUAUGGUUAAUCUUUUGGGCCGAGCUGGAAAACUUAAUGAAGCAGAAGAACUUAUUCUGAAACUUCCUAUGGAACUAAAUCAUGCUAUCUGGGGAGCAUUGCUCGGUUUAUGUAGUUUUAGUGAGAAAAAUUCUGAAAUUGCUGAACGAGCUGCAACACGAAUCCUUGAGAUGGAUCCACUGAAUGCACCUGCUCACGUACUACUUUGCAAUGUAUAUGCAGCAAAUGGCCGGCAUAUUGAGGAGCAUAAAUUGCGGAAGGAGAUGGGAUCGAAGGGUGUGAAAAAGAUUCCGGGAUGUAGUUGGAUAGUGCUGAAUGGAAGAACAUCCGUCUUUCUGUCCGGAGAUAAAAUGGAAGCAGAGACAACUAAAAUGCUGUCACUGUUGUUUCAUUUUGUUGAUGAAUCGCAGCUUUCAACGGUUGCCUAGACAGAUAGGUAUGUACAGAAACUCUUACUACCUAAGUAGCAUACAUACUUUAUUCAGUGAACCUUUCCCGUUUCGGAAAUGUGUAGGACAUUUGGCGUUUCAGACCUGAAACUUCAUUUUAGCAUAAAAAACCUUUAAGUAACACGGUUUUGCAAUGUCUGUGUUAAAGAAUCCCAUUUUUCUGUAUCUGUAUCCGUGAUGUAUAGCUUAUUAUUGAUAUUGAUAAAUGAUAAUUGAUAUAUAUUAAUAACAAA